AUGAACUUUCUGGUAGCACCUCGUAUACUCUCUCUCUCUCUCUCUCCGGCUCUCUCUCUCUCUCUCUCUCUCGCUCGCUCUCCCGCUCUCUCUCUCGCUAUCCACCCCUCUCUCUCACGCUCUCUCUCUUGCUCUCCCACUCUCUCUCUCUCUCGCCUUCUCUCUCUCUCUCUCUCUCUCUCGAAUUUGGUUAAGAAAAAAGAGAGGGAAACUCCUCCAUCCGCGGAGGUCACAUUAGAACCACGGAGAUCAGAGGAAGUUGACCCGAUUUUGUUUUAUUAUUCAUCUUUUCAUUCGGAACGUUGCACUUUAUUUCAUCAAUUUCAUCUUUCUUUCUUUCUUUCUUUCUUUCUUUAUUUAUUUAUUUAUUUCCUUCUUUUUCUUCUUCCUCGUCUUUCUUCUUCUUGUUCUUCUUUUUCUCUUCUCCUUCUACAUUUAUUUCGUCUUCUUUUUCUUCUUCUUUUCCUUCUUAUUUCCUUCUUUUUUCUUUAUUGUUUAUUUUUCUUUUUUCUUCUUCUUCUUCUUUUCUUUCUUUCUUUCUUUCUUUCUUUCUUUCUUUCUUCUGUGUUUUCAUUCCUUCCUAUGUCAAUCUCUCUGAUUUAUUUCUAUUUACUUCUACCUCUUUCCAUUUUUCUUUCCUCAUUCUCUCUCUCUCUUUCUCUCCUUUUCUCACCCUCUCUCUCUUUCUGUCUCUCUCUGUCUUUCUUUCUCUCUCUCUCUUUCUCGCUUUCUCUUUUCCUCACUAUUUCUCUCUUUCUAUCUCUCUUUUUCUCACUCUCUUUCUCACUCUUUCUCUCUUUCUCUCUCUCUUUCACUCUCUAUCUUUCUCUCACUCUCUUUCUCACUCUCUAG